UCAGCUACGCUUGACUUCAGACCUCUGUGCGUCGCCUAGAGCUAGAACAGGAGACAGCCGCUCUCGGACCACCUUGGGAGAGACGUGCUACGCCCGGGGUUCGCUUGGAUUACGUCCGUACAAACGUCGUGUGAACCUCGACGUAAAGGAAUCGUGUGGAGUUCGCAGCGGAGUAGUACGAAGUGCGCGAGUCGCCAGUGUGCCUGUCCGGGCCUGUACGGAAGGAUUUGAAUACUGCCGCCUACCACGGAUCGGGAGCAACCCGCGUGUGCGAGUCCACCAGUGAUCUAUAUGUUGCUCUCCUGAGAGGAAAAAAAAAAGUGGACAGUUGCGGUUGAUUGACGUGUUUUGUGUUUAUGGCCGCGAAGAAUGGUAUCCUUCCUUUCCCCCACUCACCCUACAGUCACGAGUAGAGGCAUUACGUCCGAGUCGAGUUACGAAUUAAAGCCGAUUGUUUGGAGCUUGCUAUUAAUCUGAUCUGGAUACGGGAAGCCCGUGGAACAAUUGGCAGGGAGGGACACUGGCGUCCCCCCAAGUUUGCAGAAGACGAGCUGGGAGCCAGCUGACCUGCUACAUGCGGUAGGAACCCCAGCGGCGAGGGACGCGGGCUCUGUGGCGGUCUAUCCACAGCCGGAGAUAGCGCUAUGCCUACCCUCAAUGUCAUCUUGGUGUUCCUGUUGUACGCGCUCGUGUCGACUUGUUCUGCUACAGCGAACCAGUGGCUGCGCGUCGCAGCCUCGGCGGUCAGCGUCAGGACCGAGGACGCCUGCGAGAAGCUACACGGGCUCAUCAGCCGACAGGUCCAGAUAUGCAAGCGCAACGUGGAAGUGAUGGACAGUGUAAAGGAGGGUGCCCGCAUGUCUAUAGAAGAGUGCCAGUUCCAGUUCCGCCACCGCCGCUGGAACUGCAGCACGCUUAUCAACAGGCGAGGCCCCGUCUUUGGAAAGGUCCUAGAAGAAGGUACGAGGGAGGCGGCCUUCGUUCACUCUAUCUCCGCGGCGGGCGUGGCUCACGCCGUGACCCGGGCAUGCAGCAGCGGGGAGCUGGAGCGGUGCGGGUGCGACCGGACCGUCAGGGGCACCAGUCCCGAGGGGUUCCAGUGGGCAGGGUGCUCGGACAAUGUCGCGUUCGGCGCCGCCUUCUCGCAGACGUUCGUGGACGCGCGGGAGAGGGGGAGGGUCGCCGCGACCUCCAGUCGGGCCCUGAUGAAUCUGCACAACAAUGAAGCCGGAAGAAGGAACCUUGUGGACCACAUGAAGACGGAGUGCAAAUGCCACGGCGUGUCGGGAUCCUGCGAGCUCAAGACCUGCUGGCGGGCCAUGCCGCCUUUCCGGGAGGUCGGGGCGAGGCUGAAGGAAAAAUUCGACGGCGCCACCGAGGUGCAACAGAAAAAGAUCGGCAGCAGGAGAGAACUCGUGCCGCUCAAUUCUGACUUCAAGCCGCACUCGAGUUCCGACCUGGUGUAUCUGGAUGCUUCCCCAGACUUUUGCGUGCGGGACACCAAGGUGGGGUCGAUGGGGACGGUCGGGAGGGUGUGCAACAAGACUUCCAAGGCCAUCGAUGGCUGCGAACUUCUGUGCUGUGGGAGAGGGUACAACACCCAUACCCGUGAAGUAGUGGAGAGAUGUAGCUGUAAGUUCCACUGGUGUUGCUAUGUCAAGUGCAAAACGUGUAGAAGGACAGUGGAGGUGCACACGUGCAAGUGAUGAACGUUCUCCUGCAGUGCGAGUGCGCAGACUCGGUGCUGGCAACAUCCGGGUGUUUCCAAUAUGGCUGCCAUCACGUGACCUGGAUAUGACCAAUAUGGCGACCUUGACGUGCAAGAGCAACUGAUAUGAAACAGAAGUUACAGGUCUCGACAUUGUGCAAAUUAUGUAUGUAAAUAGACAACCUGACACUUCACAGGAAGCGAAAUUCAUCCUUUGGUUAGCGACAGAGAUUUAUUUGUGGAAAAUAAAGGCUCCUGCCAAGCCCCAAGUGACUGGAGACAGAGACAACACCUGCUGGAAGAAAGCGUCUCUGCAGAAGGCCACGUCUUCGCAUUGUUUGUGUCUGUAAAUUUGUUGUCGAAAUAACGUUAGAACUACGACAUAUCGCACCUUACUGCUUAUAUUUUUAUAUUGGGUACCAAGCCUAAAAGAAUAUCCUACCUUAUUUGUUCAUGUUAGAUGUUUUAACCUUGGUAAUAUGCCGCAAGUUGUGUUCUGUAUGUUGGCCAGUGUAGCUAAGGUAUUUUUGAGGUUAUGUAGUUGUUGAACCCCGUCAGGUCUACGGGAUGUGUUUUCGAGGUAUCGCCUCAAUGCCGUUUGCAGAACCUGCAAAGCGCCAUAAAGAAGAGUAAGGAAUGUACAUUUUGUAAACUUAUAGGCCAAGCUGGUCGCCAGAAGAAAGAUUGUUUGAGACUAUUGAAGACGUAAGUAAUAAGUAGAUGUGUUUAAGAAGAGAGGACAUAGUUGUGUGGGAGGGGACAUUUUCAGUGUUAAAGAUCGUUUCUAGGAAAGUUUUCAGUAAGACGCUACCUCUCUGUCUUCUUGAAGGAAAGUUUGGCGUGAAUUUUCCAUAUACUGGUGUAUAAAUUCUUCUAGAUGUUAUAUUACAUCUCAGUCUAUCCGGUAUGGUUUCUGUAUCUCCACUCCUAAGCUGAAUGGUGGAAAGCCAACUAUUAUCACAAAGCGUGUAAGGUCAGUCUAUCUAUUAACGUUUAUCUGAUGUAUAUUUUUAUUCACUUGAAUUUCACGACAAUAAGUACAAUGGAAUGGUACUUCUCUGUAACUUUCUUCUCAAACGCAGUGUUCCUGAGGUUCACAACGCUUCUCCUUACUGAAAUUAAUUUAUUCAAAUCAAAUUAUUUCAUUCAAAGACGCCACUAGAUAUUGUGCAGUUAAGAUUUUAAAACGUAGUGAAAUAGGCAUAGGACAUGAUAGUCAUUGUCAAAGUGGAAAACAGAUUGCCAACUGUAAUGUUGUUCUAUCUCGUCAUAUAUGAAUAUAUAAAUAUAUAUAUAUCGCCAUGUUACAGCGCCCAGAGUGUAAAAGUAAAGUGUCUCCUGCCUCUUCAUACGUA